CAUCUCACAUUAUCAGUGCCGUCCCUUAGUUUAGCAGUGUCGCAUUUUUCUAACGUUUAGAAUGGCAGGGGUUUCUGUUCUCAUCGUUUUGUUUUGGUUUUUCAUCACCAACAUCGUCCAAGGAACAGAUUUUGACCAUUAUGAGAGAAAGACACACCGUUCUCGCAGAUCCUCAGUGACUAAUGCAGAUUUGGAGAUCAAACUCGACUCCCUCAUAUCAAUGCUGGGAAUGUUAAAUGACAAAAUUGAUUCACAGGAGCGGCGUAUUUCUGUUUUAAGCCGACAAGUUAGCAAUGUAAACUGCAACGGAGAAUCAAGGCAAGUUCCUCGUGAUUGUGCUGAUGUUUACAAGUCUGGUCGUCACAAAAGUGGUAUGUACACCAUUGACCCUGAUGGCGAGGGUACCAUGGAAGUCUUUUGUGAUCAGACCACAAACGGCGGUGGCUGGACAGUAUUUCAGAAGAGACUUGACGGCUCGGUUAACUUUUUCCGUGAAUGGAAUGAGUACAAAGAGGGGUUUGGCUCUGCUGGAGGUGAAUAUUGGCUGGGACUGGAAAACAUUCACCGACUGACCCAUCAGGGAAGAAUGGUACUACGCGUGGAUUUAAUUGGAAAGCAACUUCAGUCUGCGCAUGCUUUGUACAAGGAUUUUGUUGUCUCUGAUGAAAAGCUGAAUUAUACUUUGGGGCUGGGUUCAUACACAGGAACCGCAGGUGAUUCUCUGUCCUGGCACAACGGAAUGCAAUUUACGACCCGCGACAGGGAUAACGACAAGUCCGCCGAGGGAAACUGUGCGCGGUUCUACAUGGGAGCAUGGUGGUACAACGCCUGCUUAUUGUCCAAUUUGAACGGCGUUUACUUUCACGAACCACAGACAUCGUAUGCCAACGGCGUGAACUGGAAGACUUGGGGUGGCCUUCAACACUCUGCGUUUCGAGCGGAAAUGAAAGUGCGACCGGUGGGAUUCAACGGCAAGCAGUAAUAAUGACCGCGUGACUAUUUUGUAUUCAUGGAUGCUCGGCUGAGCCAAAAAAAAAAGCUGUGUUAGUGUGCCUUCAUAAAGCUGAAAUUUGUUGUAGAAAGCCUCGAAAUGAAGGCGUUAGAGGAAGAAGUUUUAUCUGUCAUUAUCGAAUGCUUGUUUUCAAUAAACGACUUUAAACUUUCCAUAAA